AUGAAGGGCCGAUCGGGCUCACCUGCCCGCUCCGAGAAUGAAUUCGACAUUGGCUCUGCACUGUUCGGCGGUGAUGUCGAGUCCGGGGCGAAUCUGUCGGAUCAGGAAAACGGCACAGUGCAGGAUGCAGACCUGGAUGUCCUAGGGGAAGACUCGGGUUCUGGUGACGAGGCAGUCAUCGCCGCUCAGCUGGCUGCAUCGAACCGCAAAGGCACGAAUCUGAAAGGCCGAACCGUAAAGAAGGGUGGUGGAUUUCAGGCGAUGGGCCUCAACGCGAACCUCCUCAAGGCCAUCACGAGAAAAGGCUUCUCCGUGCCGACGCCGAUUCAGCGCAAGACUAUUCCUCUCCUACUCAAUGACAAGGAUGUGGUGGGCAUGGCACGAACGGGGUCGGGAAAGACAGCUGCGUUUGUGAUACCUCUGAUUGAGAAGCUGAAGGUCCAUAGCACCAAGGUCGGUGCAAGGGCUUUGAUCUUGUCUCCAUCGAGAGAACUGGCGUUGCAGACGUUACAAGUCGUCAAAGACCUUGGAAGAGGGACGGACUUGCGGUCAAUACUACUGGUUGGAGGAGACAGCCUCGAAGAACAGUUCUCUGCCAUGUCAAACAAUCCAGACAUCAUUAUCGCCACUCCAGGUCGCUUUCUGCAUUUGAAGGUCGAGAUGGGUUUGGAUUUGUCGAGCAUGAGAUAUGUCGUCUUUGACGAGGCAGACCGUCUGUUUGAAAUGGGAUUUGCAGCCCAGCUGACCGAAAUCUUGCACGCCUUACCAGCUUCUCGGCAGACGCUGCUGUUCUCUGCAACCCUGCCAAAAUCUCUAGUUGAAUUUGCUCGUGCAGGUCUUCAAGACCCUGUGCUUGUGAGACUCGACGCCGACAGCAAGAUCUCUCCCGACCUGCAAAGUGCAUUUUUCACCUUGAAGUCGUCCGAGAAGGAGGGGGCACUGCUGUAUCUUCUUCAGGAGAUCGCCAAAGUACCGACCAAAUCACAACUGAUCAGUUCGACUACUACUGGAGAUACUGAUAAAUCAAGCAAGAAAAGAAAACGACAAGAUGCCGAAGGAUCCGUUUUACCCAGUUCCAAUCCGUACUCAACUAUCGUAUUCGCAGCCACUAAACACCAUGUCGAGUAUCUUGCACACCUUCUUCGUUCUGCUGGGUAUGCAGUGUCCUACGUGUACGGAUCGCUUGACCAAACUGCACGAAAGACGCAGGUCCACGCCUUCCGAACCGGUCAGACAAAUAUCCUCGUUGUCACCGAUGUAGCUGCUCGAGGUAUUGAUAUUCCUGUUUUGGCCAAUGUCAUCAAUUACGAUUUUCCCUCCCAACCGAAAAUCUACGUCCAUCGAGUUGGACGAACAGCAAGAGCGGGCCAAAAGGGGUGGAGUUACAGUCUUGUUCGAGACGCUGAUGCGCCUUAUCUACUCGAUCUACAACUUUUCCUCGGUCGCAAACUUUCAGUUGGCCGGGCCAGCAAAGAAAAUGUCAACUUCGCUUUAGAUGUUGUUGUUGGGGGUGUACGUCGUGAUGACUUAACGACAUCAUGCGAAUGGGUGAGCAGAUCGCUUGAAAGUGAUUCAGACUUGUCUGCUCUACGGUCUGUUGCCAUGAAGGGCGAGAAGUUGUACCAGCGUACCCGAAACUCGGCAUCGUCAGAGAGCGCGAAGAGGGCGAAAGAGUUGGUCGCAUCUGAGUCUUGGUCAGAGCUACAUCCUCUGUUCAAUGACCAGUCAGAUGAUCUUGAGGCUCAAAGAGAGAAAAUGCUAGCGAGAGUUGGCGGGUUUCGUCCACAGGAGUCUAUUUUUGAGAUUGGUGCUCGUCGUGGUGGCCGGAAGAACAACGACGAUGCCAUAGAUGCUAUCCGCAAGAUUCGAUCUGGUCUUGAGACUCGCAAGCAGAAGUCUCUGGACGCAAUCCAAUCGCAAGCCGGUUCUCUCGACGAUGACACCGUGCCUAUGGCAAAUGCUGAGGCAGACGGGUGGGAAGAUGAUGCAAAUGAGAAUGGCUUUGACGAUGCUAUGUCGGAAGCCUCGUCCAAUGAGCUAGAAGUCACCUUCUCUCAACCGCAAACCAAGAAACAGAAAAAGCAAACUGCUCAUGCAAGCGACUCUUUCCGCGAUCCCGAGAAUUUCAUGUCAUAUCUUCCAACGUCGACCAACCUCUCCGAUGACCGCGCUUACGGUGUACACUCCGGGAGCAAUACCAACUUUACCGAAGCAGCACGAUCCGCAACCAUGGACCUCGCAAUGGACGAAUCUAGCAAGACUUUUGGUGAAGCACGCAGUAUCAUGCGCUGGGAUAAGCGACACAAGAAGUACGUUCGGCGGGAGAAUGACGAUGAUGGUAGCAAGGGCAAACGUCUUGUACGUGGUGAAUCAGGAGCAAAGAUCGCUGCAAGUUUCCGCUCCGGUCGAUUCGAAAAGUGGAAGAAGGAGAAUCGACUUCAGCGCGUGGCUAGAGUCGGCGAGGCCGAGGGUAAUAUUUCCACUGCAGGCGGUGGUGGCAUUGGAGGGAAACGAUUCAAACACAAAACAAACAAAAUGCCCAAGGCACCUGACAAGUACCGUGAAGACUACGAGAAGCAGAAGAAGAAGGCUGCCGGUGCGAAGGAGCGUGCCGAGGGCAUGGGCGACAACAAAGGAAGAAGAGAACUCCGAAGUGUGGAUCAUAUGGUCAAGGAGCGGAGGGCCAAAGAAAAGAGAAGAGAAAAAAAUGCCAGACCUAGCAGGAAGAGGUCCUGA